AUAGAAAACUAUGCUGUAGCUUCACCAGCUAAGACUGCCACUAACUGCCAGCUAUGUAGUCUGACCAGCCCGCCUGGACAAUCACUGGCGGAAAGCAUAAGCUGGAUAUUUAGAUUUUUCCGACAGAAUGACGCAGAACAACGGGAAUACUUCGACUUCACAGCUCUGUUAAACAAUUGUGACUUCAUCCAAUUAGCUACAACAACAUCAGCCGCCGCCGCCGCUGGCUAACAGGCUAGCAUUAGCAUUUGAACAGCUGUCAUCCCGGAAGGCCGCCGCAACCGUCGCACCGGGUGGGGAUUUAACUUUCUCCCCGCAACGUCUGGAUUCGACCAACUUCAAGUCUCUAGCCAAUGAUAAACAGCUAUUUAUGUUCUACUGGUAAGGAUGGAUUCCCCUUUGAGCUUUGGGAUAGCCGACGAGGAGUGCUUGGCAACUGUGAGAGGUCAGGAGCUGAGGUCUGGCCAGAAGGAGCCCAGACUGCUGUCACUAAUUGAGCGCAGUGGAGAGUUUAUAUUGGGUGUGUUGGCAACUCCUGACGCUGUCGUGUCUCGUCCAGUGGCUCAACUGUCUAUACCCAUCAAUUCUAAUUUUGAGGUUAUUCGAGAGGCUGACGAGGCUCUUCUAAUUGACUUCUCUGUAGAUUCCUGUAUUAGGAUUCGAAUCAAAGGAGAAAAAGCCCCCGAGCUGCUGUUAGAGCUUCAAGACGAUGAUCGGACUCAGACUUUUCUCACACAGGUGAAGAGUGCUCAGCAGCAAGUUGAAUCUAAACCCACAAAACCAGAGGCGAUGGAACCGAUGGCACCAACAACUCCAAGGGGACCAGUCCCUAUCCCACCUCAAAGAGCGAAUAAGGGUACUAACUCUCUGGGCUCUGGAGCCAACCUGCCGAAAACUAGCAGUGCCCUACCUCCCAACCUCAACAACAGCACUUCAACAAAUCAGACCAACACGGGUAAUUCGCUUGCCUCAGACUUUGGCUUUGAGGACAGCUUUAACCACACUCUCAAAGUGGAGGAAAAGAAGAAUCACCAGAAUCGUAUCGUUGCCUCCAGGGAGGCUCCUCCUCCUCCUGUUCCCCCUCUACCUCCUCGCAAAGCCUCCUACGCUCCGACUAAUCCUCUUCCUCCUGCACCAGUCCCCAAAGAGAGAGCCGUCUCUUUACAGGCCAAAGACAACUCUUUCAUCACAAGCACCAAACCAGAUAGUUUUAGAUCAGGGUUUGACCGUGUCGACAGGCCACCGUCCUGGUGUGACAGUCCUACAACAAACAGCAUGAGGCAGGCCAUGUUUUCCAGUCAGGCAGGGCAAAGAGAAUAUCUCAUCAAACAUCGCCUGGGUAAGAAGGAGAGCGAGUAUGUGGACAUCAAGAACUUUAGGUUUUUCACAGGGACAUGGAAUGUGAAUGGCCAGUCUCCAGACAGCAGUCUUGAGCCCUGGCUCUGCUGUGACACAGAACCUCCUGACAUCUAUGCUCUGGGCUUUCAGGAGCUGGACUUGAGCACUGAAGCUUUUUUCUACAUGGACUCUUCCAAAGAACAGCUGUGGGUUGAAGCUGUGGAGAGGAGUUUACAUCCAAAGGCCAAGUACAAGAGGGUCCGGAUCAUUAGACUAGUUGGAAUGAUGCUUGUGGUCUUUGUAAAAAAGGCACACAAGAAUCACAUAAAAGAAGUGGCUGCAGAGCAUGUGGGGACAGGAAUCAUGGGAAAAAUGGGGAACAAGGGAGGUGUGGCUGUGAGGUUUGUUUUCCACAACACUAGCUUCUGCAUUGUUAACUCACAUCUAGCUGCACAUGUGGAGGACUUUGAACGGCGUAAUCAGGACUACAAAGACAUAUGCGCCCGCAUGACCUUCCACUUACUGGAGCACCCUCCUCUCAAUAUCGUCAAGCAUGAUGUUGUAAUCUGGGUCGGGGAUUUGAACUAUCGUCUGUUUAUGUAUGAUGCAGCGGAGGUCAAACAGCUCAUUGCUCAGAAUGAGCUAAAAAAGCUUCAGGAGGUCGAUCAGCUGAACAUCCAGCGGCAGACCAAGAGAGCCUUCAUUGACUUCACUGAGGGAGAGAUAAACUUCAUCCCCACGUACAAAUAUGAUCCCAAAACAGAUCGAUGGGACUCAAGUGGGAAGUGUCGUGUCCCGGCUUGGUGUGACAGAAUCUUGUGGAGGGGCAGCAGUGUCAAGCAGCUCAAGUACAGAAGUCACAUGGAACUGCAAACGAGCGAUCACAAGCCUGUCAGCUCGCUCUUCAGUAUAGGGGUUAAGGUGGUAGAUGAGCAGCGCCACAAAAAAGUGUUUGAGGAGAUUGUGCGGGCGAUGGACAGGAUGGAGAAUGACUUCCUCCCAUCGUUAUCUCUGAGCAGGAGAGAAUUUACAUUUGAGAAUGUGAAAUUCCGGCAGCUUCAGAAGGAACGCUUCCUAAUAACAAAUGACGGGCAGGUCCCCUGUCACUUUGCCUUCAUUCCCAAGCUCAACGACUCGCAGUACUGCAAAGCAUGGCUCCGUGCUGAACCAAGUGAUGGAUUCUUAGAGCCCAAUGAGACCCUGGAGAUCUAUCUGGAGGUAUAUGUCAGUAAAGACUCCGUUACGCUGCUCAAUUCUGGAGAGGACUCCAUAGAGGACAUACUGGUGCUCCAUCUGGACCGUGGCAAGGACUACUUCAUUACCAUCUCUGGCAACUACCUGCCCAGCUGCUUUGGCACUUCGCUGGAGACUUUGUGUCGCAUGAAGAAGCCCAUCAGAGAGAUCCCCAUCACUAAGCUCAUCGACCUGGGAGAGGACAGCUACAUGGAGAAGGAGAAGUCCAAGAUGAGCUUCCUGAUGGUGGAUGGUGCAAGUACUGAGGACAAACCUCUAAAGAUCCCCAAGGAGGUCUGGAUUCUAGUCAAUCACCUGUUCACCAAGUCCUGUGAUCAGGAGGACCUGUUUCAGACACCAGGCCUGCAAGAGGAGCUGCAAACCAUCAUUGACUGUCUGGACACCAGCAUCCCAGACUCGAUCCCUGGUUGUAACCACUCAGUAGCCGAGGCACUGCUCAUUUUCUUGGAGGCCUUGCCGGAGCCAGUGGUUUGUUAUGAACUCUACCAAAGGUGCCUAGACUGCUCUCACGACAGCCGCCUCUGCAAACAGUUGAUCUCCCAGCUGCCCCGGGCUCAUCGCAAUGUGUUCCGCUACUUAAUGGCCUUUUUAAAGGAACUUCUCAAGCACUCACACAACAACAACCUAACAGCCAGCCUCAUAGCCACGCUCUUUGCCAGCCUCCUCAUCCGGCCGCCUCCCAACCUGAUGAGUAGACAGACGUCACAUGACCGGCAGAAAGCCAUCGACUUUGUUCUGGGUUUCCUCAUGUCAGGAGACGAGGAGUAACUGAGGUUUCCAGCUGAUUCCCAAACUGGUUUACUGGCUGCAGAGGAGCUGGGCCUGUAGGACACUGUGUGACACAAUUCACUUGGUAUUUAUCAUCUAAUGGGACACCAGUGCAGUUGUUUUGCACCCUACCUUUCACAAACUCUUACGUUAGAGGUACCGAGGACCACUUUGGACUUCAGCAGAGUUGUGUUGAUUUUACCAAGAGUCAUAUCGUCAGUUUUCAGUAUGCCUGCUGGAUUCGGAAGCACUUGGGAGAGGGUUUGAACUGAUGCCUAUGCACUUUCUGAUGACCUAAAGGACCUGUGCCUCCACUAGAGCUCUCCUCCUCCCUGUGGGUGCUCAUGCCAAAAUACACCGUGAAUAGUGAGUGGAAUGAAUGUGAAAACACUAUGUACCCAUAGAUAAGAGAAUGACUCAGUUACACUAAUGGAAAGGAAACUAACUUCCUUAUGUUAAAGUAGACUGAAUACGGAUGUUCUGCUCAAAGCAUUAAGUAGUUUUGAAAUGGUAUAGUUAUGAAAAUGUAUCACUAAGAAUGUUUAAGCUUAAGAUGAAUCAUGACAAUCAUCAAUUUUUGCAGCAUUUUAGCUGAGAGGCAAUAUUAGGAUAUCUGCAAGAACUACUUGUCUCUGCACCCAUUGUAUUUUAACUGUUAUUUAUGCGUGUUUUCUUACUUCACAGUUUGCAUCACCUGAAAAGUUUCCCCUUCAGUGGUUUAUUUUCAGUUUUAUGCGGAAAUAUUCAUGAUUUGAUUUUAAUCAUUCGGUUAUAGAAAACAGUUUUUGGUGAACGUUUGCUGUGUUUCUGUGUAACUUCAGCUGUGAUCCUUGCAUCUAGUUUUACCAGUUCCUCUGAGUUACAAAACACGUCUAGUAACACACUAACUUCCUGGUCAACCGGAAUCGAGUGAAGAGUCACGCUCUGUGGUUCUUUGUCUUAUAAAGUGGUGUACAUAGUGAUUGUUUCCCUCUUGACUUUUUGUGGGUAUUUGAUUGUUGGUAUGGUGUUAAAAUCUGUAACGGUGUCAUGUUUGUCUGGAAGUGGUACUGUUGAUGUUUGUGUUUGUUUACAUGUCUCUUACCUGCUUUUGCCAUUUCCCUAAGCAUACAUUUCCUGCUCAUCAUUCUUUGUUUUUGGCCUUUAUGAUACCAAGGCACUGACACUGUGUUCCUUAUGUUAAAUCCAGAUGAGUAAUAGUCUUUUUGCUGUGCAGCAUUUUAUGUGAUGCAGCAUUUUCUGGGUGCAGGUUUAGCAAGAUUUAAUGGCUCAUUACCCUGCAGGAUGUAGCCUGUCUUUGUGCACCUUUAUCAUUUGUGCCACUGAGGAGAAAACUUUGUAUAGUCAGUGUUGGGAAAUAAGGAACCUCUAUGCUGUGUAUAAUGAACAGUAUUUCCUCUUAAUAGUUCUACCCAAGAGAUAUUAUCCUCAUUAGCUUUCCUACAAGAAUAUUCACAUUUAUAAUAUUAAUUUUUCUUUGUCAGCACCUUCUGUUAUAUAAUAAAGCCAGAAAAAAAGCCCUAGAAGUUUUCUUCUCAGAAACUGCAGGAACUCUGGCUGAGAAGAUUUAUUUUUGGAGACAAUGUGAGAACAUGAUGAAAUGUGACAUCACCGACAAUCAUGGCAUUUAAUGGAUUUAUCUGUUUGGUGAAAGUAGUUCUUGUGUAGUUCUUUCUGCCUUAUUGCCAUCGAUACAUUAGUUCUCAAAUUAAAGCUAUGUUAAUAAGCGCUUUCUCAUCUGUUGGCCUUAAUAGAGUUGAACUUUGACAAAAGCUGGCUUAGACUGAAGGAAUAGUUCUCGGUGACAAAUAUUUGGGAGAGUACCCAUUUAUUUAUUCAUCUUGUCUUUAGAAAGACUAUCCUCAUGUCAAACACAGAAUCAGUUUAAUCAAUAACCUCUGAUUUUGGGUGUUGUCUAAUGCCACUGUACCAACUGAUGUAUUUGUGCAGAUUCAUUGUGCUUUUUGUCUUCGGUUUUGUCGCAAAAUGUUCUGAAAAAUUACGGUACACAAAGAAACACCUUUACUUGUUUUCAACUUUUCAGAUUUUUGGUACUUUUAAUUUAUUUAACAGAAAUAAAACGAUGUAUAAAUCA